AUGACCAAAAAUCUGAAUCCUCCGAUGAAUUCCGAAACUUUCGGAAUUAAAGCUCACGUGGCGAAAUCCAAAACUUCCGAAAUUAAACGGCCAUUACGUAACGGUAAUGUUAAAGAUCCGGAAACAGAUAUUGGGAUUCGCCACAUCAUUAUUUUCGACUUUAUGAAUUCAAUAAAACAUAUAUCAAUUAAGGCUUAUUUGUUAGAUUUUAUCUGGUUUAACAGCACAAGCAGGGGAAAUAAUAGUUUUACUCAAGGCAUGCUUGUACUGUAA